GUUUGCGUUGCAUUGGAUCAUGUGAUAUUGCUGGCACUGCGGAGAUUUUGGCCACGGUACUGCUGCAAUCGUCCAAGACAUUUUUUCUUAGCUGGAGUUGAAGGAGUGAAAUCAUUCCAUCAUGGAUAAAGUAGCAGAUAAUGAAAAGGAGAGCAAGUAUGGAUACGUCUUUGCUGUAUCUGGACCUGUGGUGACAGCAGAGCGUAUGUCUGGUGCUGCUAUGUACGAGCUGGUGCGUGUGGGACACAGUGAGCUGGUGGGAGAGAUCAUCAGAUUGGAAGGCGAUAUGGCCACCAUUCAGGUCUAUGAGGAGACAUCCGGUGUAAGCGUCGGUGACCCUGUGCUCCGGUCAGGCACCCCCCUUUCCGUCGAACUGGGACCGGGUAUCCUCGACAACAUCUUUGACGGAAUCCAACGUCCCCUCCAGGACAUCAACGACCUAACGCAGAGUAUCUACAUUCCUCGGGGUGUCAACGUCAAAGCGCUCAGCCGCACCAAGAAAUGGGAUUUCAAGCCAUAUCCAGGAAUCAGGGUCGGCAGUCACAUCACUGGUGGCGAUUAUUAUGGGAUGGUUCCAGAGAACACCUUGAUUGAGCAUCGUUUGAUGUUACCGCCCAAGCAGAGAGGGACCGUCACGUGGAUAGCAGAGCCAGGCUCCUAUGACAUUACAGACAUUGUCUUAGAAACAGAGUUUGAUGGACUCAAGACCGAACACACCAUGCUCCAGAUGUGGCCUGUCCGUAACAUCCGACCCGUCUCAGAGAAACUUCCUGCCAACUACCCCCUUCUCACUGGACAGAGGGUUCUCGAUGCUCUUUUCCCAUGUGUACAAGGUGGAACGACGGCUAUCCCAGGAGCCUUUGGGUGCGGAAAGACCGUCAUCUCCCAAUCUCUGUCCAAGUAUUCAAACAGUGAUGUCAUCGUCUACGUAGGGUGUGGUGAACGUGGCAACGAGAUGUCAGAAGUAUUGAGGGAUUUCCCAGAGCUCACAGUAGAGAUCGGCGGGAAGACAGAAUCUAUUAUGAAGAGAACUACGCUGGUAGCUAACACAUCCAACAUGCCUGUCGCUGCUAGGGAAGCGUCCAUUUACACAGGUGUGACGUUGUCAGAGUAUUUCCGUGAUCAGGGAUACAACGUCUCUAUGAUGGCAGACUCAACCUCCAGGUGGGCUGAAGCUCUUCGUGAAAUCUCAGGUCGUCUGGCUGAAAUGCCCGCUGACAGUGGUUAUCCAGCCUAUCUAGGAGCCCGUCUAGCUUCUUUCUACGAGAGAGCCGGUAGAGUCAAAUGUCUCGGGAACCCUAGCAGAGAGGGCAGCGUCAGCAUCGUUGGAGCUGUGUCGCCCCCUGGUGGUGACUUCUCUGACCCUGUAACCUCCGCAACCCUCGGUAUCGUCCAGGUGUUCUGGGGAUUGGACAAGAAGCUUGCCCAGCGUAAACAUUUCCCCUCCAUCAACUGGCUCAUCAGCUAUUCCAAGUACAUGAGGGCGCUAGACGAUUUCUACGACAAGAACUAUGCAGAGUUCGUACCGCUCAGGACAAAGGUGAGGGAGAUUCUGCAAGAAGAGGAAGAAUUGUCUGAAAUCGUACAGCUGGUAGGAAAGAGCUCCCUCGCCGAGUCCGAUAAGAUCACACUCGAGAUUGCCAAACUACUAAAGGAUGACUUCCUUCAACAGAACGGCUACUCUCCAUAUGAUAGGUACUGUCCAUUCUACAAGACUGUUGGUAUGCUCAGCAACAUCGUAGCGUUCUAUGACAUGGCCAGGCACGCGGUGGAGAGCACGGCACAAAGCGAGAACAAGAUCACGUACGCUCUCAUCAGGGAGAAUAUGGGUGACAUCAUGUACAAGCUUUCAUCAAUGAAAUUCAAGGACCCUGUCAAGGACGGCGAAGCCAAAAUCAAGCAAGACUUUGCAGAGUUAUUAGAUGAAAUGCAACAAGGGUUCAGGAACCUAGAAGAGUUUUAAUCCUCAUAGCCAAUAUAUAUAUCCAUAGUUAUAAUCCUAUAUAAUCAAUGUCCAGUCCCAUGCAUAGCAUUUGAUGUCGGUGGUGGAAUGUCUCGAGUACACACAUGUUUUUUUUAUCUGUCUUAUAUUUUGGAUGGAACUCUGUUUCAUAUCGUGCAAUGGGCCCUUUUGGGAAAACCAAGGCCAUUUUUCAGAGAAAUAGAAACUAGAUUAUGAAUUGAGCAGUAUUUUGUAAUUUUUGUGUUGUGUUUAUUCUAGAAAUAAUAUGAUGCAAAGCGACUUUGUGCUUUCUAUUUCAGAUCGGCCAAAGAUUUUUCAGUGUCAAAUUAAUGAUUUUCAUCAUUUCAACAACAAAGAUGUGUAAUGCUCAUCAGCAUAAGUCUAUUUUCAAACUGCUGAUGUUGUAGUCAACUAAUGACAAUCUAGAAUUCAUGCUUUUCUUGUUAAUCCCUUUGAAAUCUCUUUAGUUUAAAGAGCGAGAAAAAAAACAGAUUACUCUGAAAAUUUGAGAGGGAGUUUGUGACCUCAGCAAUUAUAUGAUAUUCAUGUGGAUGGACUUACAGUGCAUCCCAGAAAAAAAAUGAAGCCAUAAAUUCCUUGACUAUUUUUUCCAACAUUGCACAGUAAAAGAAUUGAAAUAAUUAAUUUGAUAAGUGAUUCAUUCCUUUUUGUUGAUAAAUUGGCAACAUUAGGAAACAGGUAUAUAUUUUAAUUAUCUUAUUGUGUGGUUUCAUGUCAAAUAAGUGAAAUCACUUUUGCGGAAUAAGUGUCAAAUCUAAUGAAUAGGAUUUGAAUAUCAGAAACAAGGAGUCCUUUUUUUGUCUGGGAUACACUGUAUUGUUAAGAACUGAACAAGAGUGAGUCUAAACAAAAGAUAAACCAAUUACAUAAAUUUGUAAUGGAAAAAUAAUCAGUUUGAAGAAACUGAUAUGUUUUUAUCUGAUCGCAUGAUUCUAUCUAGUCUUGCUAUUUGCUUUAUGACUCUAAAAGAUUUUGUUUAAAUCACUCCUUCGACUGAAAUGUAUCUUACUCUUUUGCUAUAGUUGCACUUGCGAAACCGACUCCAGACCGACAAAAAUUAUGUUAUUAUCAAUGGCCGACCAUCAAUCAGUUUGGAGUCUGUUUUGUAGACGUUCCUGUAGCGUUAUAUAUUAUGUAAUGCAUACAAACUGUAGUUUGGUAUUUGACAUCUUUAUUAUGUGAAACGUUAUUUUCUGUACUUGUUUUUCGUUUUUUCCAUUUCAUGUUGUGUUCAGACAUUCCAGAAUAAGGAUGAAUGAUUGAAAUCAGUACUGUA